CUGCAACAAGAGUUACAUCUCCAUAGUGUAAUAUGGUGUCCUUCCUCGUCGCAUGUGGUUAAAUAGUGCUUUACAUGGGUCUCUGUGCUUAGAUUUUGUGCUUAGAUAUACAUCCAGUCUGGUUUUGUCCAACUGGACCCACUUUAUGAUCAUCAGGAUUUACUUACCCUCUACAUUUGGAAAGGAAAUGCAGCUAUAAAACGCGGUUGCAGACUUUCUUCGAGAUCAAGCGGGAAAUCGCAUAGCUCUACUGACUGAUUUGUGGACUCGAGGCUGAAGUUCGGAUUGAACUUGUCCCGUUGAAUUCGAAUUGGACUCUACGCUGAGAGGGGCGAGGCGGCGGAUGGAUACGCAUACGUGUGAUGCGGUUACUGUUUGGUUUGACGUGAUACUCCUCUGUUCUCCAAAACUUUUGAACGAUUUAUCGUGUAACCGAUCAGUCUCGACAUCAAAUGAAGAAGAGUGAGACAAUGUUCUGCUAAAUUGAAAACGUGAGCUCCUCCACUGCGGUUUCCUGCGCUCACAGAAGCUCUUCAGACCUGACCACCUCAACACGAUGGAGUUUCAGUUUUUCACAUCUCUUUCCUGUAUGAGGCAUUUCUUCGAUUCUCAUGCGUUGUACGCAAUUCACCAUUUCAAUCGAAAUUGUGGCGGCAUUGAUUAUUCCCAGGAAUACUCCCCUCAUUUGCACAGCCGGCUUAAGAGCUCCCUCUUUCCUACUGGCUAACGAAGGCCAAUCAUAGGCGGAGGGAGGAGUCUGCACAGACGGAGGACUAAAUUGGUAAGCAGUACGGCACUUUUAUUUUGUCCGAUUGUUGGUGGGAACCGCACUGCAGCGUAUGUGUUAAUGGCGUACAAUUGGAUGACAAAAACUUUUGACGCUUACCCAAACUCAGCUUCCACAGAAUCCUCUCCUGGUUCCUCUAUCCCACCCUCACCUCUGGAGCAUGACGUCCAAAUGCCCUCCGACUUGGAGGUUAUGACCACUCUUCUUAAAGAAGAACUGGCUCAACUGGAGGAUUAUUACCUGUGUGAAUCAACACCUUUGAAAUUGGAAAAAUGGCAAAAGUGUGACAAAAGCCUGCAAGCUAUGGCUACGCAGUCAUACUAUCAGUUACCCUGCGCUUCGUACAAUGUUAACCAACCUGAAACAAAUCCCAGGCUGCUGUCCCUGGGGACUGGAGAGCUCGACCUACGAGGCUUCUGCGGGGGCUCUAUGAGCCGCCCGAAAAUGUCUAGACCCAGCCCCUACAGCUACAUUCGGACACACUGCAAUAGCCAAAGAAUAUCAGCAAACGGAUGUAAAGAUGUGGAGGUGUUUGAGAAAGAAACGUGGACUUUCAAAGGGACUCAUUCAGGUUAUGCAGAGUUGGCUUUUGACCAGUGCUCUGUCGACAAAUCCUUCGCAAAGAACCACGGCAGCGCAAAGAAGGUUCGAGAAUGUGCUUUACUGUUGAAGGAAGAAGAAAAAAGUUGCUUCACGGAAGACGUGUUUUACCGAGCGGAGAUGAUGAGAAGUUAUGAUCUCGGUGGGUCCCUGGAGCCCCACCACAGGAGAGAGGGCCAGAGCCACGGGAUGAAGAUGCUCGGCCAUGACGGGGUUGCCACGCCGAUUUUGCAGUGCGCCGAGAACGAGAGCUGUCCGCCGUAUAAACAAUCCGACGUAGCCGAGUGUUACUUUCAUCAGAUUACUGCCAAUUUAGAGCCAUAUCACGGCUACAUGAAUGAAAUCGAUCAGCCAAUUAGAACUGGGGCUGUUGAUAUCCAGAACAAUGACUACUUGCACCAUGAAUGCCUUGGGGAUCAAAGCUUUGAAUGUCUGUCCGGUGACAGUGUUGAGUCCUCUUUGGAGUUGCCUGUCCAGAAGCCACUACAAAGGUCACGGGAAAGUCAGUGUGUGUUUAAACCAGAUGUUAAAGUAGGUUCUUCGGAGAGAAACCAUGGAGAACGCAAGCAAAAGAAGAGAGACCAGAACAAGUCUGCUGCCCACAGGUACCGUCAGCGUAAGAGGGCGGAGCAGGACUGUUUGGAGGAGGAGCUUCAUGGUUUGGAAGGGCGGAACAGAGAACUUCGGGACAAAGCAGAAUCUGUAGAGAGAGAGAUUCAGUAUGUGAAAGAUCUCCUGAUUGAAGUCUACAAGGCUCGCAGUCAGCGCUUAAAAGAGGAUUCCAGUGCCUAAACCUCUGUCUCUUACCAGCAUUUCACUUAUACCAGGCUCUGACAGCAUGUUUUUAUGCUCCGAAUAGUUAGUGAACCUCAGAAAAAAAAACAAGAGCUCAUGUAUUAAAAUGGUUUUGUUUUUCCAAAGCGAAAGCCGCAUGGUUUCAUGAAACUGAGAGCAUAAUAUCUGAAGCACUGUGAUGAUAGCCUUGAAUACAUUCUAAUGACCUUGCUUGGUAUUUCAAUUUACAACGAUAUAUUUAAUGAAAAGCUACCCAUCAAGAUUUGAAUGAAUUUCACAUGGGACAUUACAUUGUUUUAGUGUACAAAAUAAGAUGUUCUGUACAGGCUUGCUCCGUUCUUUACUUAUCAUGAAAUAUCAUGCUUACUCAACAGCACAACAUAAUGAGAAAUUGUAAUAAUGUAGCGACAUGGUCGGAAUUCUUACUAAUAUUGUAAUAAUGCAAAGCACUGCAAUGUAAAAUGUCACUCAUUUUUUGCUUUAUAAUUUCAUGUAUUUCCUUAUAUUUCUCCUUUGUUUGUGAAAUAUCUCAUGUAAUUAUAUAUAGAAUACAGGAGAAAUAGUGCGUUUGCAAUGAUAUUUAAAUUGCUUUAAAAUAUAUUUUAAACUAAGGUUUAUAGUAUAUUAAUGACUGUUUUUUUUUUUUUUUGGCUCAGGUAUGGAAUGCAUGUCUAAUACAUCGAAAAGCAUGUUGGGUUACAAUUUAUUGCAUGACCCAAAAUAAGAAAUGAAUGCUUUUGUGCAUUAUGACAAUAUGUAGAAUUUUUAUUUUGCCCAUUUGUUUUAUUCUCAUUAACAUAGUGCUUU